GAAAUGGCUGCAGUUGGGCAAAGGGGAAAGUCUGACUUCGCGUUGGCUGGUCCCCCAACGCUUCCAUUUCCAUCAGCUCUCGGCACUACCUACGUACUCCUGUCUCUACAGAACACAUACAUAACCCCACCAUGCACCUCCUCCGACCAGCGGCAGCAGCCCGCAGGCUACCCUCUGCCCUUCUCCCCCGCCAAAUGUCAACCUCCGCCGCCCUCCAAGCAAAACCGCCCCUCGCAGCAGCCUCCGUCACCAUAACACAGGCCCCUAACAGGGCUGCUACUUGGAGCGAGCACCAGCAGAGGAAGAGUGCCGCUAUGGUUGGGCCACGAUUUGAACAAACGGAUAUUGCGCUGCAGCCCAACCCAUUAUCAGCGCAAGACUUGAUUUCCAAAGUCCCCGUGAAGUUUGUGCAGGCGCGGAGAGUAUCUUGCGAUGGAGGAGGCGGAGCUCUUGGACAUCCGAAAGUGUACUUGAACCUGGAUAAGAGUGAACCACAAGCAUGCGGCUACUGUGGCCUCCAAUAUCAGCAAGAGCAUCACCAUCACUAGUGACUCAAACCCCCGAUCCCUUCCCGAAGAUAACAUUUGCGCCGUAUCCUUGUCGCGUGUUGCUUCCCACCGUGCUGAUAUUAGGUAAAGGCGGCGCACUGCUGGUUCAUAUGGAUGUCCUCAGGGCCAACGCAGCCUACUUUACGUUACCCGCUAUAUAUGCUCCGACACUGCAACUAUAUCCCUGCAGCCCUUCACGACAAGACGAUACGCGCCGCAACAUCUCUCCACUGCGCCAAUGCAGUCAUUUGUUCUCUACACAUGAAUAAAACGUGGGAACGACUCUUAAAAGA